AAAGAAAAAGAAAAAUAAAAACGUUCCCAUGCAGAGGGUACCAAAAAAGUUGCCUUCGUUCAGUCGCACCGCACUUGAUACACGUGGAUGCCUCAGCGAAACGAUCCUCUUAGCACAAUCGAGUAGAAACCCGUUUUAACUUCCUCGCAGCGAACGUUUCCGCAAAUCUUUUUGUGAGAAGUGCCCCCCAGAAGGAAGAGGCCGCUCAGCUCAGCCCCAAGGCCACAGCGAACAGGCCCGCGAACCCGCUUGGAGAAAUUCCACCGCCCCCACAUUCAAGCAGGGCGUUUCCCCAGGAGAGCAGCCCCCCCCACAAACCUUCACGUACCGCCAACGUUAGAAGCGCCGCUGUUCAACCCUCAUAGUUCCCCCCCAGCACAAUGACGUCGAACAUCAUAGACAAGAUUAUGAACCUGGAGGUGCCGGAAAAUGGGAACUCCUCUCUGAACAUCAUUUUUGGGGUCAUUAACAUUUUCUUCUUCGGAAUCGGAAUGAUCAUUUUGGGAAUCAUUAACAAAGAUAUGGAUGACCUCAUAAUCGGCAUUUUGCAGCUGCUCGUGCCUCUGAUCGGGUGGAUAUGGGCCGUGUUCUGGGGCAUCCUAAUUGUUAUUAAGAACUCCAAGUGAGAGGAGUGAAGGAGGUUGUCUCUCCCCCCCGCAGGGUGGUGGUGGUGGGGUAGCCUUUCUAGAGGGGGAAAUGGACCCCCCCACCUUUGUUGUAUCGUUUUACAGCCCCUUCUUGUUGGUGUGUAAACCCGUUUGGUAGGGGC